GGGUAUGUUCCACUCUCUUUAUGUGGUAGCAUUUAGAAGCUUUCAGGCUAGAAGAUCGUCCAUACAGGAAGCAGAUAAUAUUUAAAACACAGUAGUUAUUUAAUAAUAAUUUCGGGCGCAUAUGUUACAAUUGUAAUGGUUUCACGCAGGUAGGACAGUGACACAGAAGUGCCAGUGAGGGGCGCUAAUACGAAGCACCAGGUGGCCAGGCAGGAGGAGGCCAGUCACUAGCAGCUAGUCACUAGCCGCUGUGGCUACACACAUCUAGCUGCUAGUAGCUAGCCGGCGGCUAAUACGCGAGCUACAACACCAGUUCUUCUUAAUGUCGCCAUUAUCACCAAGUAAUGGCGAGUCAACCGUGUUCACAAACCGAAUGUGAACUAUAUUACCUCAUAGCCAGGUUUCUGCAGUCUGGACCUUGCAAAAAAGCAGCGCAGAUUCUGGUGGAGGAACUCGAGGAGUUCGAGUUAAUUCCACAACGGUGGAGAUGGGACGGACAGAAAAACAAACGGACCUUCCAGGACUGGAUGUUAUUGAACCAACACAUUCCUGCAGACUAUCUGCUCCGGGUUUGUCAACGCAUAGGCCCUCUUAUCGAGAAGGAGAUCCCACCUAGUGUUCCUGGCGUACAAACCCUUCUCGGACUGGGAAGACAGUCUUUGCUUCGGAAUGCAAAAACUUGUAGCAACCAGGUAUCCAGUGGCUCUGCUGUCGCUGCGCUUCACAGAGGACGCCCACCUGAACCUCCAGUCAGCAACGGACAUGCUCCAAAUGUUGUACCCAUCGUGGGUGCUCGCCAGGCUACUGGAGCAGCUCGUUUUGCACAGGUCCUGCCAUAUUCCACUUACCAACACAUGAAGAUACACAAAAGGAUCCUUGGUCAUCUGUCCUCUGUCUACUGUGUUGCCUUUGACCGAACCGGGCGUCGGAUAUUCACAGGUUCUGAUGACUGCCUGGUAAAAAUCUGGGCAACUGAUGAUGGCCGCCUGCUUGCAACACUCCGUGGUCACGCAGCAGAAAUCUGCGACAUUGCCAUCAACCACGAGAAUACUCUCAUUGCCUCAGCGAGCUGUGACAAAGUCAUCAGAGUGUGGUGCCUACGUACAUGCGCCCCCAUUACAGUCUUGCAGGCUCAUGCUGCAUCCAUCACCUCCAUUCAAUUUUGCCCGGCUGUCAAGGGGACAAGACGAUACUUGGCUUCAACAGGAGCCGAUGGCAUGGUGUGCUUUUGGAAGUGGCACUCGCUCAACAUGAAGUUCGAUGAUCAACCAGUGAAGUUUGUUGAGCGCUCACGUCCAGGUGUCCAGGUGUCUACCUCUUCCUUCAGCAGUGGUGGCAUGUUCAUGGCUACGGGUGGCACUGAUCACAUAAUCAGAGUUUACUAUCUCGGGGCUGAAGUACCAAUGAAGGUUUCUGAGAUGGAUGCACACACGGACAAAGUCGUGGUCGUCCAGUUUUGCAAUAACAGUGACUGCCUCAGGUUUGUGAGUGGCAGUCGAGACGGCAGUGCCAGGAUCUGGCAUUAUCAGCAGCAGGAGUGGAAGAGCGUCACCUUAGACAUGGCUACCAGGCUUCCAGGGAGCUCAGUUGUGAACGGAGAUGAUAAAACCAAACUGAUAGUUACAAUGGUGGCCUGGGAUCGUACAGAUCGAUUCAUCAUCACAGCAGUGACGAACUACCAGUUGAAAGUGUGGAACACGGUGACAGGACAGCUGCUGCACAUCUUGUCUGGUCAUGACGACGAGGUGUUUGUUCUUGAGCCUCACCCAUUCGACUCCCGCAUUAUGCUGUCUGCUGGUCACGAUGGCAACAUUUUCGUCUGGGAUCUGACGAAGGGAGUGAAAAUUCGCAACUUCUUCAACAUGAUUGAAGGUCAGGGUCAUGGUGCCAUUUAUGACUGCAAGUUCUCCAUUGAUGGACAGCACUUUGCCUGCACGGACUCCCAUGGCCACUUGCUCAUCUUCGGAUUUGGAUGCAGCAGUGCAUAUGAAAAGAUUCCAGAGCAGAUGUUCUUCCACACUGAUUACAGACCCCUCAUCCGGGACUCCAAUAACUACGUCCUGGAUGAGCAGACUCAACGGGCCCCUCACCUCAUGCCUCCUCCGUUCCUGGUAGACAUUGACGGAAACCCCCACCCACCUAUCUACCAGCGCUUGGUGCCAGGGCGGGAGAACUGCAAUGAUGACCAGCUAGUACCUCAGCUGGGAUACAUGGCCAACAAUGAAGGGGAGCUGGUUGAGCAGGUACUCGCCCAGCAAACUGCAGACAAUGGAGAGAGUCUACUGGACAAUCUCAUCAGGCAGUUGCAGAAUGAGCAGGACGCACGUCUCAAUGCUGGGGCCCUGGCAGUGGAUCAAGAAGACAAUGCUGCAGUUGGAGUGGUUCCGUCCUCUCCAAAUAAUGACCCGCUAGUGGAUGAGCAGAUCAACAAUGUGCAACAGAUGCAACCAAAUUCAGUGCCAAAUCCAGUCACUAGUGAGAGAGACCCGCUAGCCUGGAACCGCCGGGUGGUGGUUAAUGAACUGCCACAUGGUGUAUUCCGUGUGAUGGAGGAGUCGAGAAAAGCCAGAAGUGAAAUGGAAUGUUCCCUUUAUAAUGCUGAGAGGAGAAGGAAACCUGUCAUUAGUUUACCCAAGAUGGAUCCACUGGCAACACGACUGCGGUCUCAGCGUCCAGCGAAGAAGAAGCCCCUGCAGCAGCACCAUACCUAUCAAACCCGCUCAGCCCAAGUCAGGAGUCCAAGGCGCCGCAGUAGAAAUGCCAGCGACAGCAGAAACUCUGGAAGUCAGAUGGACACAGACAGUGAGAGAGAGGUAGCAGAGCGAGCGGAACCCAGCGAGGCAUCCUCUGACAGUGAAGCCCAGUGGCAGAGUGAGAGCAGUGCCAGUGAGUCAUCCAGUGAAUACUCUGAUUGGACAGCUGAUGCGGGGAUCAACCUACAGCCCCCUAAAAGAUCCACCAGGAGGCGCGUUGAGCCUUCUGGUUACAGUAGUUCUGAAGAGGAAGAGGGCGACAACAAAUUAAAGGAGGACAAGAAGAGAGAGAACGAGAAGCGGAAGAGACCCAAAGAAACCAAACAGAAACCAACGUCUUCUCUCUCUGGACUUGACGCAGAGCAGUGGAUGCCACCGUCAUGGAUAAUGGAGACUGUUCCUCAUCGCUCUCCAUUUGUUCCACAGAUGGGAGAUGAGCUCAUCUACUUCAAGCAGGGCCACCAGGCCUACGUCAGGGCCGUCCGCAGAGCCAAAGCCUACAGUGUCAACCUUCAGAAACAGGCCUGGAACAAGCUUGACCUCAGGGACCAGGAGUCUGUGAAGGUGGUGGGCAUCAAGUAUGAAGUGGGCCCUCCGACUCUUUGCUGCCUCAAACUGGCCUUCCUGGACCCAGUCUCAGGGAAGAUGACCAAUGAGUCUUUCUCUUUAAAGUACCACGACAUGCCCGACGUUAUAGACUUUCUAGUGUUACAGCAGUUCUAUAAUGAAGCUCGAGAGCACAACUGGCAGCCAGGAAUGAGGUUCCGUAGCAUUAUUGAUGACGCUUGGUGGUGUGGCUCAGUGGAGGACCAGCAGCCUCUGCAGCCCGAGUAUCCUGACAGUCUGUUUCAGUGUUAUGUUGUCAAGUGGGACAACGGAGAGAGGGAGAAGAUGAGUCCAUGGGACAUGGAGCCGAUUCCUGAGGAAGCUGCUCUGCCUGCUGAAGUUGGUGAAGGAGUGGAAGUAGCAGAGGAUGAGCUAAAGGCUCUUCUGUACAAGGCACAGGAAGGCGAGUGGGGUGCUCAUACGCUCGACGAAGAAUGCGAGAGAGUCAUCCUCGGCAUCGAUCAGCUUCUUACACUGGAUGUAGCUAAGCCAUUUGCGUUGCCUGUAAGUCUGCGGGACUAUCCCUUGUACUGCACUGUGGUGUCCUAUCCCACUGACCUCAGCACCAUUCGCACACGACUGGAGAACCGCUUCUACAGGCGCAUCUCUGCACUAAUGUGGGAAGUUCGCUACAUAGAACACAACGCCCGCACGUUCAAUGAGCCCCAGAGCCCAAUUGUAGCCAGCGCCAAAGUGGUGACCGAUGUUUUGCUACGUUAUAUCGGGGACCAGAGCUGCACAAACAUUCGGGAACUUUAUCGUAAACUGAGGACAGAGGUUCACAGUGGUGGAGAAUAUGAGGGCUCGGAGGUAGAUGUGGAUUCUGACACUCCAGGAACGUCCACGGGUCACCGGGGAUCGGACUCGAACAAGCCCAAGAAGAAUCUGGACACGAAAGCAUGGCAAGCUCAGUGUCGGGAGCUGAUGCGACAGAUGAUUUCCUCUCCUGAUUCUGAACCCUUCAGGCACCCAGUGGAUCUCCUGGAGUAUCCGGAUUACCGAGACAUAAUCGACACGCCCAUGGAUCUGGGGACAGUGUCUGAGACUCUUGUCGCUGGAAACUAUGAGAAUCCCACAGAGUUUGCCAAAGACGUGCGGCUCAUCUUCAGCAAUUCCAAAGCAUACACGCCUAACAAGAAGUCCCAGAUCUACACCAUGACCCUCAGCUUGUCUGCGCUGUUCGAAAAGAACAUCAUCUCCAUCCUCUCGGAUUAUAAGUCAGCGGUACAGAACGAAAAGAGAGCGCGCCAGAGACUGUCUUCCAGGAACCGAUUGCACAACGGAGGCAGCUCGCCGAAUCCUUCGUCAAGCUCAAGAAGGAAAAACAGCAACUCAGAGAAGUCAAAAACAUCCAAGACUUCACUGAGAAGUCGCUCCCAACGAUCACAUCUCGCCCAGUUAAACAGCGGUGUAGCAGAUGAGGAUGAGGACGUCCAGCCCUCCUCCCCUAGUUCAGAGACCAGCAGUGGGAGCCAAAAUCCUCAGCCCACCAGGCUGACCCGUGGCCAGAAGUUGCUAGUGAAGGAGUCAGAGCGCCAUCGUGACCGCUUGAGGCAAUCCGACGAAGAUGAAGAGGCUUUGGGAUCUCGAGACUCCUCCUCAGAUUCCUCUUCUUCAUCCUCGUCAUCCUCUUCCUCAUCGUCCUCGUCCUCAGACAGCGACAACGGCUCCGACUCUGAGAUGGACAACUACGUGGAAGGUGGUGACCACGACUACAGCAAAGCCCCGGCCCGAUCUCUACGGCUGAAAGGAAAGGUGGCCGAGAAAAGGAAACACGAAAAAGGAGAGGAUGACAAACACAUACCAAAAAGAGCGAGGUUGCAGCUAAAAAUGGAAGUUGAGGAGGAAGAAGAAGAAGAAGAAGAAGAAGAGGAGGUGGAGGGGGGAGAGGAGGAGGAGGAGGAGGAAGAAGAAGAAGAAGAAGAAGAAGAGGAGGAGGAGGAGGAGGAGGAGUUGGAACAGCCAGUGGAACAGUUGCUUAAAAAUGUGGAAGAAGAAGAGGAAGAGGAGGAGGAAGAGGAGCAUGAGGAAGAAGAGGAGGAGGAAGAGGAUGAUGAUGAUGAUGAAGAAGAUGAGGAUGACCACGUAGAGGAAGGACCAGUCAGGAGGGGCACUGUGUCACCAGAUGUGGUCGUCUUAACAGCAGCACCAGCAGAAAAAGGUCGGACCAGCAACCAGUGCAAGUCUCAACGGGUCAGCACACGAAACCAAGGUCGGCGGACUGUCCAGUACGGGGAUGACUCGGACGAUGAGGACGGCAGUACGGAAGAUCCCCUCAACCUGGGCAGGUCCCGCUCAGGACGGGUGCGACGCAUGACCGAGAAGGCCCGGGUUAGCCACCUAAUGGGCUGGAGCCACUAGCCCGUCCCCUCGUCUCAAACCUCACUUUUAACCACUGCAGGGAUUUGUUUUUGUACAAGUUGUAGAUAAUCUAACAAAAUGAAAUUAUACAUUUAUCGUUUGUUUGUAUUAACUAAGUGAUGAUUGGUGCUCACGACCUGGCCGCCUUAUUGCUGCUCUCCACCCCAACACUACACCAUCUCUCCCUGUGAACCAAAGACAGUUGCCAAAUAAUGGUGCUUGUUUUUAUUUUGACUGAGCGCAUCAGCAGGAAUCAGUUGUGUCACAGUCCUCAUUCCUCAGCUGCAGUAUGUUCUGUGCGUAUAUGGAAGGCCGCACCAGUUUCUCAUUUGACUGACGGGCACAUGUCGACCCAGCUUCCUUUUUCUGUUCUGUACUGGUGACGACCAGGACGAUGAAAGAAUUUGCACAUUUCUUCUCCACAUGGCAGCUGAAUGACAAUGGCAGAAGGUAAACUUUUUUUUUUUUUUUUUUUUUUUUUCAUUAGAUCCGUCUCAGCGCCGCCACUUGUAAAGGUUUGGAGCCGGGUCCUCCGUCAGCUUGUCAUGCUGGAUAUGGAGCGUCUCAUUUGGAAAAAGAGGCAGGCGUAACUGAAGGUGUUUGUAUGUGAGUGACUUCCCAGCUUGCACCGGAUCACUGAGGAGCUUGUGUCUAUAUCAAGGAGUUCAACUCUUUUCUGAACCAGGAGGAACAUGGAUUUCUAUCUUUUUUAUGUGAGAAUUUAGCUCCAGAUUUUGAGGUGCUCUGAGUAGCCAGCAGGCGUCUGUACAUAAGGCUCAGAAUAUUAUUUUCAUACAAGUUAGACACUCUAUGGAUUUCGGUCUGUCCUGACUCAACAAAUGUGCAAGAUUCUAUUGUAGAUCAGUACUGUGACUUUUUGUUUUCAUAUUGUUCUUUUUUUAAUAAAAGCAUCAUCAUAUGCUGUGACUUUGGUGG